GAAAACGGGGACUUGACAGUGUAAAAAGGGAGUUCCCAAAGUUUUUAAAGAGGACGGCUCACAUUGUACUAUUAAAUCUGUUUGCAGAGCCUCAUGACACACGCUAGCAUGCACAUAAUCAUUCAGGUUAAGAUGCAGGCUCACACAUGUGCAAUUGCUCGUGAGCAGAGGUAUCCUUGACUUAAUUCAGCAACUUACCACUCUUGGUUAAAUGGUGGGCUUAGGACCUGAAGGGAAGCAGAGACUGGAUGAGAAGAGAAGAGAAGAGAACUAUUUAACAAGAAGUAUAAGAAGAAUGGGAUAGAAACAGCAAAGGGAAAAACAAAACUCCUAGUUGAGAUGGACUGAGGCGAGCCAGAGAGACAGAAAGGACACAGUAGUGGAUAGACAUGGGCAGAGAGCGACUCACCUGGGGAUUGCUGCUGCGUUUGGGUGUUCUGCUCACUGCUGUGUGUGUGUGCGUUCAUGUUUACCUGGAGGCGCAUUGGCGGGAGGCACCUGCACCCCUGGGACGUCCCACCCAGUCUAGUCAGAACUGGGGCCAACAAAGCAGAACCAAACCAGAAGCGGAGGAACAGGACAGAAGCAUCAAAAGGAGAAUCUCUUAUGUUCGAACGCUAAAGAAGGACAGCCAAGCAAGGAAAAGGGACAUGAACAGAGAGGACCCCUCACCACCAUGCUGCCCACCUCUCCGCCCGUACAGAAAGACUCUUCGGUGGCACGUAGACUUGGAGCCCUGGGCCGGUGAGAGUCAUUCUCUGGAGGACGAAGCUAAAAGGUUCCUCAACUACAUCACAACACCACAAGUGUUGUGUGCAUCAUUGUCCCAUGAGGAAGCUGCUCCAGAGGGGACCAAGGGAGCCUGGGCCACAUGUCUGGACCCCAAGUACAGCCUGACCCACAGAAUACAAAGCAAACACUGCAGGGUUUACUCUUUUGGGUUGGGUGUGGAUGAUCGGUCCUUGGAGCAUUCUCUUACCAGGGCAGGAUGUGAGGUCCACUGCUUUGAUCCCAGUCUGAAGCAGUCUCACCUGCAGCAAGCUGAAAUGUGGCUUCAUCGGCUCUCUGUAGACUGGAGGGAUCCCAACCCGGCCAUUGUCGCCCAGCGUCAGUACGCCAACACCAAAAAACUGGCUACCAUCCUUAAUGACUUUGGACACAGACAGGUGGAUGUACUGAAGGUGGAUAUGGAGAGUGCAGAGUGGAAGAUUUUGGAGAAUUUCAUCCUGGAAGGAGUUCUGGACUCAGUGGGUCAGCUGUUGUUGGAACUUCACCUGCACUGGGCGGGCUUUGAAGUGGGCGGCGAUGACCCAUCCGUGGUGCGGUACUGGUUCAGCCUGCUCAAGGAGCUUGAGUAUGCCAACUUCCGCCUCUUCCACGUCCACAGCAACCCUGCAAAACCUCAUCUCUUUCUGCAUAAGAAUGUCCUCAAUGCUAGCAGUGCUUACACCCUGAGCUGGGUGAACACAGAGUGGAGGCCUUGAGGGAAGCCAGACUGGGUGACUUAUCUUGGCUGGAACAGCCUCUGAAUGGAAAUGUACAAGUUUAUGUAACACAGUUUUAAGUCAGAGCACAAAUUCUUGCUAGAGCACAGACUGCUCUUAUCUGGGCUGACCUUUGUGCAAAGCUGAAAUCCUUCCUCCUACUUACCCUCCCGCUCUUCCUCUCCUGGCCUGUAAUGGCCUUAGCCGUGUAGAGGGGCAGAGUAAUUGCCUGUGUGUUCUACCUCAUAGUGGCGAUGUUGUUGGCUGCAGGUCAGCAUUUGAGACGCAAUCACCUGUCAUCCCGGUCGGAACUGAGUUUGGCUCACAGCCCACCUUCCCAGAUUACAGUAGUGUGCAAAGGCCCACAGCUCUCUCAAGAAUAUGAAUUAAGUACAACUGAUACAUGGUGUUGAAGGGGGUAAGUAUAUGAAAGAUCCUGCCUCACUGACAGUAAGUGAAAACAUGUGGGAGGCGAUAUGGGCUGCUUAAACAGAAAGAGAAUGUGGAUAAUUAGGAUAAAGAGAUGGGCUCUGACUAGACAAACAGACGCUUCCCUGAAGUUGAACCCUGAUAUGAUUGUAUCUUGAACACAAAACGCGACAAUAAUGUGUGCUUGUUGGAUAUUUGGAUGAGGAUGUGUGGGCAAAAAGACAAAGAAAAGAUGAACUCCAAUUAUUUUUUUUUCUCCAUAGUGCAGUUGUUUGGGUUAUAAUAGAAAACAAAAAUUAAGAUCCCACACAAAGCAGCAUUUUGUGUAACUGUCAGUUAUUUUCCUCCUUCAGUUUUCUUUAGGCGUUCAAUUGGCCUCAGUCCACUAUCUGCUGCACCAGAACUUUUGCAGAAAACAGCACUGGACUGAAACCCUCAAAAAUGAAUCCACAUUCAAAAAUGAUUCAAUUAAUGUAAUUUGCCAAAUAUGUCAUUGCAGUUUAAUAAAGAAAGGAA